AUGAACCGCAAUUUACUAUUCUUUUUCUUUUUCUUGGCUUUGAUCUCAGUCAUCAACGCUAGCAAAAAAGCAACCAAGUUCGAACCAUGUCCGCCAAUUAAAGGCAACCCUGUUGAUAUGGCAGCACUCACGGUAUCCGUAUCUCCAAAUCCUAUCGCUUCCCGUAAAGUCGAAACAUAUACGGUUUCUGGAACUGCGUUAGAGGAUAUUCCUACAGAUGCCGAAUUUUCGAUCACUUACAAUUAUCUCAUUGGUGGACGCACUAUUGGUCUUCCAGAUUUUGCUCGUUUUUGCGCAAAGGGCAACAAUUGUCCGGUUAAAAAAGGAGACAAGUUUAAUCGAACCAUUACUGCUAAAGCGCGGAAAUUACCCAAGGCAUUUAAUGCGACACUCGUAAUUAAUACAAUACACGAAACAUAUGCCUGUGCAGUAGCCACAAUCCAAGCAUAA